UCUGCGGAGUCGGACCAUCACCCCCGGCUCUGACAAACAGCGGGACACUGAACCGGGGCUUGACUAAUAUUUACAACAUUACGGAAAAUCUGCCGUCGACGUGCAGCUUGUUGGUCCCGCAGACAGAACACGGCCAAAUGGCAGCGCGGGAGACGCAGAUGAGCGAGGACCCGCCGGAGCAGGAGGAGCAGCGGGGGUCCGGCGCGGGGCUCCCGGGGUCCGGCGCGGGACAGGCGGGCAGAGCGGUGGCUCUCGCUCGGCUGCUGCACCGUGAAUGCUCCCAUCUCCUCCAGCUGUUUAAGGAGAAGGAGGCGUUCUUUGAGAACUACACCCCUGAUGGUGGUCGUAUAGUGUCCUUAUCUGCAGCGUCUGAAGAGCCCAGCACUGAGGAGCAGGUACUGGUGAUGCACUCAGCACUGCGGCAGUGUCUGGGGCUCAUUCACUGUGUCAUACUGAAAGAAGAGGAGGAGUGGGGUGAGUUGGAGGGAGACUAUGAAAGCAUGAGGAAAAACGUCCACCAGCGGCUGGAGUACCUGCUUCACACCACCAAAGCCUUGAUGGAAACUGAGGAGACAAUCCUGGAAGUCACUCCAGAUCAUCAGUGCACUGAGGAAGUCGAUGGUUCUGCUGGGGUGUUUGCACUCAAAAUGUGGACCUAUAGAGUGUUGUUGGAGCUUGUCCACUGGGCUGACCAUGCAGCAAACACUCUUUACAAACUCCAGUCGGAGAGGGAGGAAAAAGACCAAAAUUAAACUCAACGGCUCUGAAUGAACUCAUGUGACACUAACAGCCAGCUUCCCCUGUUAA